AUUUCUCAAGUUUGAGACCUACCCACUAGACAUUGUUACCUUCUCUGCACAGGCAAACUCAUCAUCCUGAGAGAGAAUGAGAGAGAAGAUAGCUAUUCUUCUUUUUUCAUUCCUGAACUUGUGUCUGCUUAGUGAGCUUACUCUAGCUGGUCUAACCAGGCACUACAAGUUUGAUAUUAAAUUGAAAAACGUGACGCGGCUAUGUAACACAACGACUAUCGUUACAGUCAAUGGAAAGUUUCCAGGGCCUCGGAUCAUUAUCAGAGAAGGUGAUCGCCUUGUUGUCAAAGUCGUUAACCAUUCUCCGAAAAAUGUCUCCAUUCAUUGGCAUGGCGUUCGACAGCUUCAAACUGGGUGGUAUGACGGGCCAGCUUAUGUAACGCAGUGUCCUAUUCCGCCGGGUCAAAGUUAUGUGUACAACUUUACCAUUACUGGCCAAAGAGGCACAUUAUUUUGGCAUGCACAUAUUACAUGGCUAAGAGCCACUCUUUAUGGCCCCAUUAUCAUUCUACCAAAACUUGGUGUCCCUUAUCCAUUUCCUAAACCUUACAAGCAAGUCCCCAUCAUUUUUGGAGAAUGGUUUAAGACAGAUCCUGAUGCAAUAAUUAACCAGUCCCUGCAAACAGGCGGAGGCCCAAAUGUUUCUGAUGCUUAUACCAUUAAUGGACUUCCAGGGCCAUUAUAUAACUGCUCUGCCAAGGAUACAUACAAGCUGAAGGUUAAGCCUGGAAAGUCCUAUCUUCUCCGUCUGAUCAACGCAGCACUCAAUGACGAACUUUUCAUCAGUAUUGCAAAUCAUACAGUGACCGUAGUUGAAGUUGAUGCUACUUAUGUCAAACCUUUUGAAACAGAUAAAUUCCUCAUAACACCAGGACAAACUAUGAACGUUCUACUUAAAACCAAACCCUUUUUCCCUAAGGCUACCUUCUUCAUGUCAGCAAGACCAUACGCAACCGGGAGUGGCACAUUCGACAACUCCACUGUUGCUGCUAUACUUGAAUAUGAACCACCAGCUCAUAGUCGUCUAUCAACUAACCAACUUCCUCUUUUAAAACCAAUCCUGCCUGCUUUUAAUGAUACUCCAUUUGCUUUCAGUUUUUCGAACAGGCUGCGUAGUUUAGCAAGUGCUGAAUAUCCUGCUACUGUGCCUAAGACAGUGGAUAGACGUUUCUUUUUCACUGUAGGAUUAGGAACUAAUCCUUGCCCAAAAAACCAAACUUGCCAAGGACCCAAUGGAACUAAGUUUUCAGCUUCUGUUAAUAAUAUAUCCUUUGCACUCCCUACUUCAGCUAUGCUCCAAUCCUACUUUUUUGGGAGAUCCAACGGUGUUUACACUACAGACUUUCCUAGUAAGCCAAUUAUCCCGUUUGAUUAUACGGGUACUCCGCCCAAUAACACAAUGGUGAUUAACGGAACUAAGGCCGUUGUUCUUCCAUUUAACACUAGUGUGGAAUUAGUGUUGCAGGAUACUAGCAUUCUUGGUAAUGAAAGCCAUCCUCUCCAUUUGCAUGGUUUUAACUUCUACGUCGUAGCAUCAGGAUUUGGAAACUUUGAUCCGAAUAAUCAUCCUACAAAAUUCAACCUUAUUGAUCCUGUUGAAAGAAACACUGUUGGUGUGCCUUCUGGCGGUUGGGUUGCGAUUCGAUUUCAAGCAGAUAAUCCUGGAGUGUGGUUAAUGCAUUGUCACUUUGACGUCCACCUGAGCUGGGGAUUGAGAAUGGCUUGGAUUGUAUUAGAUGGAAAGCUUCCUAAUCAGAAACUGCCUCCUCCUCCAAAGGAUCUUCCCAAGUGUUGAUGCCAAUCCCUCUCUGCCAUCACCUUUCACAACUUUUCUGAUUGUGAUUUACUUUUAUUUUUUUCCCGGCAUUUCAGCUUCAGGCCCAGGCACUUUCCAAUUUUUCUUUCUUUCCAUUUUUUUACCCUUAAAGUUUCUGGGUCAUCAUUCCUGUGAUCAUUCCUGUGCCAGGGAAUAACUUGAUUCGUGCUUUUUCUUUUUUCCUUGUUAUACACAUAAGAGUUGUUUGACCUCUCCCCUUUGAGGAAAGCAUGAUACAUACAGGCUAUAUAUGAAAAUAAUUUUGUGUCUUUAUUAUUUUAAUUGAGUGAAAUUUUACGGUUUUAAUUGUCU